CACAUAUAUAAGAGUAAAUAUUCGUCCUAAAUAUAUAAUUGGCGAAGGAAAGAGAGAGGAAAAAAAGAAUUAUAAGAGAGAUUGUUUUUGUCUGCUCGUCCUGAGAUCACGCUGAGUUAUAUAAAGAAAAGAAGAAGAACAAAACCAAGUUUCAACAAUGGAGAUUCUUCGUUGAUUCCUAAAUAUCUCCUCUGAUCAUAUUUUUUCAUUCAAAAAGAAUCCUCUGUUUUCCCCGGCGGUCACAUGUCAGUCGGCGUUCCAGUGAAUCCGUCAAGCAGCAGCCAACUACCGGCGGCGCCAACAACAACAACAAGACGGCGCGUGGCUGAUUCUCAAGAAGAUCAUUCCCACGUCAACACCGUCGGAGGAGGAAACGCAGUCGUUUACGUCCCCGACGAGGAAGAAACCGCUACGAGCUGCUGCGGCGGAGGAGGAGGAGGAGGAUCAUUAUCGUGUUGUCCAAGUGGCUCCCACCACAAUUACCUCGUCGGGUUCCUCUCUCUCCGAAAAUUCAGGCUCGUGUGGAUGCUAAUGGUUGAGAACAAAUCUAAAUGGACGGCUGGGAUUGCUCGUAACAUGAGAUCCACGACCAAUCUUGGCCGUUUUAUUCUAACGUUAUUGAGUAUCCUCGUCGUCACUUUUUUCCUCAUCGUUGCUCUCUCCGGCGGCGUUGGAAGACGGAGAAAACACGUUGAGAAACAUGAAUUCGUUGUUUCAAUUCAUCCCAGACCAACGAUUGAGAAAAUCAUUAGAGAAGAUGAAUCAUCCAAUUCCUUUCAAGUCCUCGUUCCAAAAACUACAUCGAUCCCAGAGAUUUGGAAUCAACCGGAGGUUGGGAACUAUCAGAAAUGUGUAGCUCGUCCUAAGAACCAAAGACCAAUCAAGCAAACCAAUGGUUACCUUCUUGUUCACGCCAAUGGUGGUUUGAAUCAGAUGAGAACUGGUAUAUGUGAUAUGGUGGCAAUCGCUAAAAUCAUGAACGCAACUCUUGUUCUUCCGUUUCUUGACCAUUCAUCUUUCUGGAGUGAUCCAAGCUCGUUCAAGGACAUUUUCGACUGGAAACAUUUCAUAAAAGUACUAGCAGAAGAUGUCAAUAUUGUCGAGUAUUUACCGCAAGAAUUUGCUUCGAUUAAGCCUCUUGAAAAGAAUCCUGUGUCCUGGUCUAAGUCGAGUUAUUACAGAAACUCAAUCUCCAAGUUACUUAAGAAGCAUAAGGUGAUUGUAUUCAAUCACACUGAUUCUCGGCUAGCCAACAACAGUCCGCCUCCUUCCAUCCAGCGGCUUCGAUGUCGCGCAAACUAUGAAGCUCUUCGUUACUCUGAAGAUAUAGAGAAUCUGAGCAAUGUUCUCUCUUCAAGACUUAGGGAAAACAACGAACCCUACCUCGCUCUUCACUUGCGGUACGAGAAAGAUAUGUUGGCGUUUACCGGAUGCAAUCACAGUCUAUCCAAUGAAGAAUCCAUUGAUCUUGAGAAGAUGAGGUUUAGUAUUCCACACUGGAAAGAAAAAGUGAUCAAUGGUACAGAACGGCGUCUUGAAGGUAAUUGCCCUAUGACGCCGCGUGAAGCUGCCGUCUUCCUCAAGGCGAUGGGGUUUCCUUCGACCACCAAUAUCUACAUUGUUGCAGGAAAAAUCUACGGGCAAAACAGUAUGACUGCGUUCCACGAAGAGUUCCCAAACGUUUUCUUUCACAACACAUUGGCCACAGAGGAAGAGCUUUCGACUAUUAAACCUUAUCAGAACAGAUUAGCUGCUCUUGAUUACAAUUUAGCACUCGAAAGCGAUAUUUUCGCUUAUACUUAUGAUGGAAACAUGGCGAAAGCGGUUCAAGGUCACCGGAGAUUCGAAGGGUUUAGAAAAACGAUUAAUCCCGAUAGGCAAAGAUUCGUGAGAUUGAUUGAUCGGCUCGAUGCAGGACUCAUAUCUUGGGAAGAUUUCUCGUCAAAGGUUAAGAAGAUGCAUCAGCAUAGAAUAGGAGCACCGUAUCUUAGGCAGCCAGGAAAGGCAGGCAUGAGUCCAAAGUUAGAGGAGAAUUUUUAUGCUAACCCUCUUCCUGGUUGCGUGUGCGAUACGUCUGAGGAACAAACCGGCCUUAACCGGUUUGAAAGACCAAGUCUACGAGCACAAUCUCUGAGAUAAAGGGCUCAAUUCAACGAUUUAUUCAUUAAUUAUACGCACAUACACAUCAUUUUUGGUUUUUCUUUUCUGUUCAUUUGUAGAUUAGGGUUUCGUUUUAAGUAUUCUAAUUAUAGUAGGAAAUUAGAGAAAUACAAGCAAGAUUUUUCAACUCAGCUAUCAAAUACCAACCAUUGCUUAUGCAUAUAUGUGUAUAUAGUCAAUUCACAUUCAGCACUCAAAGUCUUAGCUGUGUAAUUUGAACCCACUGGUUUACAAGCAGUGACUUUGAAAGCUAGUAAAUUCGAACUCUGGUUAAAGCAAUAAAUCUCUAGAUUGAGGAAGGGGACCAUUGGAG